AUGACCAUGAGCGGCUCGUCGCCCUUCCUCACCAAAACACGCGAUGCUCCCGCGCCCGCAGACUUCAGUGUGCCGUCAAGUCCGCUGAAGCAGGCGUGGACGGACAGAGAUACGGAUGCGCGCAGCCUCAGUACCUACGGCGCGGACGAGAACGCGAACGAGAUCCAGAACCAAAAUUACUUCCCUCACGACCAUCACGAUAUCAAUGAUCAUGACGACGACGAAGACCAAGACCAAGACCAAGACCAAGACCAAGACCAAGACCAAGACCCCACCAGCUCACCCUUUUGUUACGAUGCCCGCGAGGAAACCGUCGAUUUCCAGAAGAUGCGGGAAUACCAACAGCAAAAGCAACAUCAACGGUCCUCGGCCAGUGCUGGUACACUUCACCAGUUCGCAAUCGAAGAACAAGAUGAACCGCUAAGCUCUCCAUUCCGUCCCAACGCCCGCGACGAGUACGAAGACGAGCAUGAGCAUGAACAUGAGCACGAGUAUGAGAAUGAAAAUGAAAACGAGCCGAUUGACUUCCAGAGGCUGCGCGAUGUUCAGCCAAUGUCGCCAGGCCUGGACAAGCGGCUUGCGCUCGAGGACCCGGCUAGCUCGCCGUUCCGCGCGGACGCCCGAGACGCAACGGUGGAUUUCGAGAGAUUGCGCGAGAUGCAACGCUCUGUGACGCCUACGUUCGAGACUAUGCCUGAGAGCUCGCCCUUCCGCCCUGAGGCUAAGGCGGAGACAAUUGGUUUUGAGAAUCUGCACGAGAUGCGGCGCGAGUCAGUUGCGGAAAGAGACUCGGUUAGAAAGAUGACGCAGGCUGCUGCUCUUGUUGAAAUGGACAAUUCGCUGUUCCGUGGGGAUGCUAAGGAUGAUACGAUCAGUUCUCAGGUUUCGCGUGGAAUCCAGCGGCGGUCGUUUGGGAAGCCCGGACAGUCUCCCGUUAGAGCGCGUAACUCGCCGUUCCGUUAUGAGAAGGAUGAUACGAUCAGUUCUCCGACGUCGCGUGGAACCCAGCGGGAGCCGUAUAAAAAUUCCGUGCAAUCCGCGCACAGCUCGUUAUCCCAUCAAAGUGAGAAGGACAGCAUGAUCAGCUCUCAGAAGCUGCGCUCGGUACCUCGGACAUCUCUCGGCCUUGAUGACCCCCGUUCAACCGCGACUCCUAGGAAGCGUUCGUUUGAUCAGACACCACAAGAUCACGAUGUAGAUGCGCAAAGCAAUGAGCGAUGCAAGAAGGGCAUGAUGAGCCGGGCUGGGGGACCGGAGAUCCAUGCCGAUCUCGACGAAGAGUCCAGUGUCAUUCACAACCAAAGCUUCGGAUCGGCUGCGAGUGCCACACACGACCGAUCCGCGAUUGCCAACAGCAUGAUGGAAGACAGGCACAACGAGGGCAUGAGCACCGUUCUCCAUGACGAGGAGGAUGCCGGCAAAGAGAACCUACGCCACGAGCGUGCCGAUGAACAUUCCAUGUUGGGCGAAGACUACCACGACCCCAUGGAUGACACGGGCCUAAGCAAUUUCUCCAUCCUGCCGGACAUGACCUCCUUCGCGCAACUGCGCGCUGAGUCGCCGCUGAAAUCGAUGUGCGGCAGUGUUGGGCCCCGCCCGACCCCUCCAGCUGAUAUGUACCGACGCAGUGUUGCCCCAUCGACCCCCGGCACCGCGCGCAGGUCAUACAGAGAUAACCCGUUGCUGGAUCUAGGCUCGCCGAUUGGGUCGCCUACGCCCAGGCGCAGGGCAUCCCGGGGCGUUGGUCAGCCCGGCGAGACGCCGAACCUCCUUGAUUUCACCGAUCAGAUGAGCUUCUUCGCGCGCCAGUCGAUGCAAAGCGCUCGCUACUCUUCAUCACGGCGGUCUCCCAUGCGGGCCAUGCGACAAUCCAUUCGGUCCCCGUCGAAGAUGUCGUCUCUGUUAGAUUUCGAUAUCCCUCCCGCCCCGACUCCUCGGUCCCUUCCUUCCAUCACGCCGCGAGAACUGGAAUCGCUAAAGUCAGGCUUCAUGUCAGAAAUUUCCUCACUCAAGGCUACCCUCAGCGGCAAGGAAGCAGAGGUUGCGAGUUUGAAGAAGGCUGUUGCUGAUGCAGAGCGACGGGUGGGAGAAGCCUUGGAGGAAGUACGCAACGAGGCUGCCCGCAAGGAUGAGCUUGAGAUGGAGCAGGCUGAAUGGGACCGCCGGGGCAAAGAAAUGGAAACCGUUCUGCGCUCCGUUCGGGAUGAGUUGGAAGAUGGUGAGCGUGAGCGCGAGCGUCUCUCGCAAAAGGUUGAGGAGGCCGAGAAAGCCAAGGAGCAGCUGGAAGGCCGAAUCGUGGAGCUGGAGACUCAGCUCUCUUCCGCUCGCUCGUCGGCGUCGUCCGAAUCUAGCUCCGUCCCUGGAUCGCGCCAGCCUUCCUCCCAAUCCGCCGCGGACACCGCGCGCGAAGUGCAGGACGCCGUCGAAAGGGUCGCCCGCGAGCUGCAUACCCUGUACAAGAGCAAGCACGAGACCAAGGUCGCCGCCCUGAAGAAAAGCUACGAGUCCCGCUGGGAGAAGCGCCUGCGCGAGGCGGAGAAGAGACUCGCAGCCGCAACCCAAGACAAUGAGCGGCUCCGAGUCGAGCGCGACGCCGCGCAGUCGGAUUCUAUGGCCGCCGUCAACGCUAGCAUGAUCGCGCGCGAAAACGACGAGCACGAGGCUGAGAAGCGUGUCUUUGAAGCCCAGAUCCAAGGCCUGCAGCACGAAAUGGCUGCCCUGAAGGAAAAUAGUGAGCGCCUCCGCUCUGAGCUUAAGUCCGAGCGCGCGGAGAAGGGUGAGCUCGUCGCGGCCGUGGACGAGUGGCUCGCCAUGCAGCAAGGCCAGCCUGCCCAGCCGCAGCCGCAACAGCAGGAACGCAAAUCUUCGGUUUUCUCGGCCAACAAUCCUGAUGAGGAGUAUCAGUCUGCUGGUGAACCCGUGAAGACCUUCAACCGCAGUAUCGGGCGCUCGGGCUCGGGCUCGGGCUCGAGUGGGAUCCGCGCCCCUGCGACGGCGGAGAAACGCAUUCCCCGUUUCGGUGCUCCCGGUGGCCACUCGCAGGGAAAUAGUGGUGGAAAGUCGGGCAUUGCGGUGUCUACGCCUGGUCGUGGUGGCAUCAUGAGCUCGAUUGAGCGGAUGGGUCGUGGUGGUGCUGCUUAG